AUGUUGCGUCACCAGGAGAGGCUCGCCGAGUGGAACACCAAGCCUGCUUUCGGCAAGCGCGUGAUGGUGGAGUUCGAAGAUGGUAUCUACUACCCGGGCACCAUCAGCACGGAUGGGGACAGCGCGAAGGACAUCUACCACGCCAAGGGGAGGUGGGGCGUGCUUUUCGACGACUGCACUAAGGAUCGCUUCCACGACGGCGCUACAGACGUCAUGGUGUCUAACCAGCCCAGCCCGAGGUCGAUCUCCGCAGAGCUUCGCGACUACUACCUCAAGCAAGCGAACGGCCGAGAGCUCAUGGAAGGAGUGGAGGUUGUCCCAGGAGCGGCGGAGGAUAACGGGCAGAGCCCGGCCGACACCGCUGGCUCAAAAAAGAAAAAGCACGGUAAAUCGUCGCAGAAUAGCAAGUCCCUGACGGAGCCUCGGAACAAUCCGCGUGAAGCCGGGGAUGUCACUCUCGAGGGCGCGGCACAGCGAAUUGACAACUCCGGCGAGGCGACGGCAGGGACGUCGGGGGGGAGGGGCACAGGCGGUGCGGCGGUGGCAGCGGCGCCGAAGAAGAAGAAGAAGAAGAAGAAAAAGAAGCGCAAGCGCAAGCAAGAGGCUGUCGUCACUGGGGCCGAGGGAGCCGCAGAGGAGGGGGGGCGUAGCGCGGGGGAGAGGGUUAGCAGCGAGUGGGCGCCCGACGGUGUUGAUGAUGGCCGCAGCGGCGCCGGUCCAUAUCGCAUUGAAAAGAGCGACAAGCGCUGCAAGAGGAAGAAAAAGAGUACCGGAAGCGGCGGCGACGGGAAGGGCGGGGUGGGCGGGGUGGAUGGGAGCGGAGGCGGCGGCAGCGGCGGGGACGGCGACCUGCCCGGAGCAAGGGCCGACCCUAGCGCGUGGGAGAGCACCAGCAGGGGCGCGGCCCACGAAGAGUUUCACCACACCCAUGUGACGGAGGUGGAGGAGAAACAAGAAGAAGAGGGAAGGGGCGCGGGGGAGUGGCCGGAAGCUCGGGGUGGCGGCUCGAAGCGCAUGAAGGCAGGGCGCGAGCAACGGCAGCCCUCAAGCGGCGUCUUUGGUUCUAGUUGGAGAGCCAAGAGUAAAGCAGUCGAGGGCGCCGACGCGACGUCCAACCACGGCCCGGGUGCCAUCGUCCCUUUUGCCCCAGAUGACUCGGACCCUAGCGCGACGGUGGUGGCUGAAAGCGGUGGCGGCGGCGGAGGCAGAGGCGGGGGCGUGUGCGAUGAAGACGACGGGGUCGAAGCGGUGUGGUCCCCGCCGUCGUCCAACUCCAGGCAGCGGCGGCGGCGGCAGGGACAGCAGCAACCCCAACAGCAGCGGCUCCCCCCGGCGGCACGCCGCAAGCACAAGCGGUUGGUCAUCGAAGAGGAGGAGGAGGUGGAGGAGGAGGAGGAGACCGGCGACGGGACCGCCGUGUGCCACGAAGCCACCGCCGCCGUACCGCUCCGCGAAGCGGCCUCGCUACUUCCGGAGACUUCGUCGGCGGGCGCGAUGACGAGAAGGCGACCGCUACAACGGCGACCGUGGUGCCGGUGCUACCGGCAUCGUCGGCCUCUACCGCCGAGCUCACCACCGUGCACGUCCUUGCCUCCGGGCUCGGGGUGUGAUCGGGCGGCGCCGUCAGGCUCUCGCCGUGGUGGCCGCUUUGCCCAACCCGCCCUCUUCUGUGGCUAUAAUCGAAACGUUAUGGGUGUAACAAGAUAG